GAGCCCUGGAGUGGGCCACUGUUGCUACAACAUGGCAGAGGUUACUGAGGCCAUGGAGGACUCCAGCUUGGAUACAGAUGGAGAAGCUGAUGACCUGGUGGAACAACCUCUGACCGUCGACGUGGGGAAGGAUACCCCACGUCAGUCCAACUUGGAUCAAGAAGCAGAGACUUCUGACCUGACAGAGCAAACUCUGGGCGUCAAGGGGAAGAAGAAGACCCCGGGUCAAACCAAGGACCAAGAGAAUGAAAAGGUGAAGAAAAUACUCAGGAAGGUUAAAUUAGUUCUUGAACAGAGUAUGGAGAGGCGCAGGAGAGGGAGAAAGUCAACAAUAAUAGUCUUUUGGUACAGGCGUGGUAAAAAGAAUACAAAUCAAGAAAAUGAGAAUGAGGAAGACCAGUCUCCCACUCCAUCUACUUCCGCGUGUGUACCAGGAGACAGACAGCUUGAAGAAUCUGUUCCUUCUCCAGAAAAUGCUCUGGAGAAUUAGAUGCCCACGUUGAGAUCAAAACUUUGUGCUAAUGGUUGUCUGUGGGAAAACCAAAUAAUGCAUGCUGAUGUUGAUGAUUAAAAUACAAACAAGUUGCACAAAGGAAA